CGUAUCUAUCUCUGUUUAUCUUUUUGUGCAGCCUUUUUUUUUUGCAGUGAUGUUUUUUGUCGGCGAUUCUUCGAGAAAGAACCGGAUUUUUCUUCGGGAUAUUUUGAAGUAAAUUGUGAAUGCCCUAUUCCUGGUCGUGAGUAGCGGGCAACUAAAUGACGUAGUGUAACUGCACCCCACUGCAUGCAUGACUUCAUGUGCUGGUACAGAACACGCCCCUAGUGGGGUUCCAGAGGGCACCAAUAGUGGAGGCGGGGGAGGAGGGGGGCGUGGCAAUGGAGGAGGAGGAAAGACUCAGCUUCUUAAGCUGAGGUUCUUAUGUCCGGAUGAUGUGGGGGAGGUCAAGAAAUUGUGCGGGGAAUGGUUUCCUGUCGAAUAUCCAGAUUCCUGGUAUCGAGACAUCACUAGCGACCAGAAAUUCUAUUCCCUCUCGGCAGAGUCAGCUGGGAAGAUCGUUGGUCUGAUCGUUGCUGAGGUCAAGACGAGGUCAAGAUGCCACAGAGAGGAUUUCAACAUACUAUCUGCCACAUUCCCCAAUUCAACUCAAGUGGCGUAUAUACUCAGUCUCGGUGUGGUGAAGGAAUUCAGACGACGAGGAAUAGCAACUGCUCUCCUUGAUCGCCUCAUCUCAUACCUGACCACCAGCGAGCGUUCCAACUGCAAAGCCGUCUACCUCCACGUCUUGGCCACCAACAUCACUGCUAUUCGAUUCUACGAGAAACAUAACUUCAGGAAGCACGAAUACCUGCCUUAUUACUACGCCAUCCGGGGCCAGCCCAAGGACGGCCUGUCUUAUGUCUUGUACGUCAAUGGCGGCCAGCCACCAUGGACGCUGAUGGAUUAUAUGAAGCAGUUUGGGUCCUACCUGUCCAAGAUCCAGCCAUGCAAGCUGCCCAGCGCAAUGGCAAAUCACACCCGGAGCUGGUUUGCCGGCCGUCGCAACUGGCUACCCAGCGUCAACAUGAACAUUGUGUCACGAAUAAGGGGUCAAAUGUCAAGUGACCCCGAGUCCGGGAACGGGGCACCGGAUGAAGACGAGUCUGGUGAGGAGUCGGUACCGCCUCAAAUGACCUCGGAGGCAGUCGCUGCCAGCGGCAUGAACGUCGAGACGGCCUCCAUGGCGGAAUCUGUGACGGAUCUUGGGUGUGUCGGACGCGGCCGUGGGUGGCUGCCCGGCAUGCCAAAAAUGCCCAAUGUACCCAAAAUGCCCAACGUCAACGUACAUGUACCAAACUUAUUCUCCCGCUUCAAGGCGCAGUCUGCAGAGGGUGCGGACGACCACCACCAUGGGAAGGAAGACAAAGUGAAUAAGAGAGAUCAUGUCUUAUAAAUUCUCCUAGACUCUCACUGAGUGCUUGACGUAUGCAAUAUUCUAACAAAGCGCCAGUUAUUUAACUUUUUUUCAAAAAAAAAUAUAAAAAAAUAACGAGAUAGAGGGAAUGUUAAUAUUAUCACUAGUAUCUACGAUAGAGUUUUAAAUCACACUUUAAUGCCCCCCCUUUUUUUUUUACAAUCUCUUUAUGAUUACAAUACCUAUAACCAUAUUGAGGCUGGAGUGAAAGUAGGCUGGUCAUGUCGUAUGAGUCAGGAUGCAAGGCUUCAUACACCCCUCGCAACAGUACAUGUUCUCGGAUUCGGAGGUAUGUAAUGUAUCAUCGAUUGGAGUGAUUGAAAGGAAAGUACAAAUUUCUGCACCUGUACACCGGAGACUAUUGCUUAUAGGAGCAAAAACCAAGCAGGAUUCAAGAGGUGCAGAUGGACAACACUGCAAGGGUAGACGAUCACACGGUAAUGCAGAGCCAAAGGCUGGUAACAGCGCUGCCCAAUCAUCAAACAAAACUACAACGGUUUCAUGUUUAACCAUUACCAUAACCUGCUCACUGGCCCAGUGUCAUUUCAUACCUUCACCUUGUGAGAUGGUGUCUGCUCACUCUGUACUCUGGACUCUCUGAACCUUUUGCAAGGUAUGAAGUGACUUUGGACACUUCGUACCUUGGACACUUCGUACCUUCUUACAAGACACUUUGUACCUCGUACUGAUUCUGGAUUUCUGCCUUGUUUCGAAAAGGUCACGCUGACAUUAAAAAGUAAGAUUUUACUGACAUACAACAGUACACAAAGGCAGCGAAAGUUGCAAAGUGACUCCGCUGACGGUAAGAAAUUACCAACUUUGCCAAGGAUCAAAGUGACCCAAAGGUUUGAAGUGGCCAAGCUGCGAAAUGACAACGGCACAAAGUGACUGACACUGUAAAUGAAGUAGGCUGUCCUGCGCUGUCCUUUUUAUCAAGGCUUAAAGUGUUCAAGGUUAGGGAGUGUUCAAGCUGUAGGUUUAAGCUAUACGAGUCAAACUCGCCCCCUUGUUUAAGAAAAGAUUUCAAAAUAAGGCCCAUGAAACGUUCUCCUUGUGCCGUGUACAAGGAUUUAAAACAAUGGCAUUCAGUAAACAAACAAGAUAUUAGUAUUUACCUCAUAAAAAUUUGACCUAUUAAAAAAAAAACAUUUUUAUACAUGUACACCAAAUGUGCUAAAUAGUGAAGAUGGUAUGGUUCCCUGACUCAUCGUUAAGUAACACUGCAUUAUUGGUAUGGACAUUGGAGGUGACAUUGUUAGGGUCUCAUCUCCUGAGGUCGGCAAUCAUAAUGCUCUGCACUUUGCUUUGAAUGAUGUGUGCCUUACUGACUAACCUUGUCCAUGUGCUAUGUCAAAGUUAGAGAAUAAAAAAUCAAAAAGCAUACUGAUCGAAACGGUGAGGUUGAAACCAAUGGUUCUUUUCAGAACCACCCCAACUC